AUGAGUAAGGCCAUGUGUGUAAAAGCGUUGUUUGCCUACGAUUGCUGUGUUGAGAACGCGUAUCAGUAUCGACUUUCUCGUAUUGAGCGUUUCAUGAACACCAACUACGACGAUGAGAUGGGGAUGAUUCUCCAGCUCACGACUCACUACGUGGCUCAGCACAUCGAGCAACAAUACGCUUCAGGGCUUGCUAAGGCGUCUUCGUACAAUUACGUGAACGAACCUGAAGGAUUCGGUGUGGUUCUUGUGAAUGGAGUGUUCUCGGAAUACAAGUUAAACGUGGAUUCCUGGAGAUGUGACUGUGAGUUUUCGAUGUCGAUGAAGUUACCGUUCCGACAUGCGAUUGCAUACCGAAAGCACACCAAGGUCCUGGUCCUCGCAUUCUCUGGGGGAGGGAUUGACGAACGGUGA